AUGUAUCGGGCUCGCAGUCCUCCGAGGGCUCGGUCACACAGGGGGCCCACGGGGGCGUUGAUACCCCCGAUCGGGUAUCGUGGUUUGGGUAAAUGGCAUUGUGGUGUCUGUGAUGUAACAGCUUGGGACGAGGGCGCCUUUGAACAACACACAGGUGGUAAAAAGCACAAGAAUGCUAUGUGGUAUUAUGAAGAGGGCGCGGUCGUGGACCAGGAGCUACCAGAUUGCGUUAAAUUGCUGGAGGACGGCUACUAUUACUGCGAAUUCUGUGAUGCCAAGAUGACUAGCAUUGGGUCUGUUCAAAUGCAUUUAUCUGGGAAGAACCAUAUCAAGCCAGACUUCCUCGUUGUGGAUCAGGCCGAGAAGUACCUAUCUACCAACGCACACGGUAUGUUGAUGCACGAUACGGACUUCAGAAUACAUUAUGCCCGCCAGUUCUACAAGGGCGAUACACCUGCGGAAUUUGGUAUCGUUCCUCGAGGUAGAUGA